GGCAGGGGGGGGGGGGCUGAAAGGCGAGCGCAAGAGACUUGCAAGGGGAAGGGGAGGAGGAGGACUGCUGUUCUUAGUAAACCCCCCUCCCUUAACGGGUCCCCCAGUGGGAGCAAAGAGGAAAGCAGAGAGAAAGGAGCGGAGAAGAUGCUCCAGGCACAGACCAGCGGCACAGAGCGCACCUCACGCACAGACCAGCCGCCUGACGCCCUGGCCUCCCCACAGCAAAUGAGCGAGGCAGGACAAGUAGGGAGAGCUGCAUAAGAUGCGACUUGUGCACAGCCGCAGCGAGACAUGACUCCCCAGUCUGUCGAAGAUUGCCUGCAGAGUGCUCUGUCCUCCUUGUACCCUCCGUUUGAGGUGACAGCCCCCACACUCCUGUCUCAGGUCUUCUCUGUGCUCGAAAGGACAUAUAGGGAGGAUUCUCUAAGAUAUACACUGGAAUUCCUCAUCCCAGCAAAAAGGAUUUUACAAAAUGUACAACACCAAGCCUGUUCACAAUACAGUGGCUUUCUCUUCUUUCAUGAAGGCUGGCCACUAUGCCUUGGGGAGAAAAUCUUGGUGCAGCUCUCAUCCCUUCCAUGGCAUUUCUUAAAGUCAGGGGACUUCUACCUACAAGUGGUGCCAUACUUGGAAUGUUCCCCCCGCCUUGUACUGAAGUGUCUAUCUCAAGAUGGUAGUGGAGUACAAGAAAUUGUGGUCCCGGAAAGCUCCCAUACCUUUCUCUUCUCUGCAGAAUGGCUCAACAGCAUCAAUAAAGACCGCAGUGCAGUAAGACUGGAGAAUUGUCUUGCUGCAGUGGAGGAGAAAGUGAUACGCCUGCCAUGGUCUGAAGUGAUCUAUCCACGGUUCAUCCAUAAAGGAGGGUAUAUUGUAGGUAGAAAAUGCCCCCCAGGACCUCUUAUACCUCCCCUAGAGAGUCGGAGUCCUGGAGAUGGAGGUAUUACAUGUGGGGAUCUUGUAGAUCCAAGUGUCAAUGCACAUCUCUCUCCGUACAGUGGUCAAGAAGAUACAGAGGUGUGGGAAGAAGGAGCUGUUUCACCACUGAUGGAUUCUCUUUCUAGGUCUGUUAUUGACUGCAUGGAAGGGGAAUAUGUUGAGCUGAGUCCACCUCAAAAGGUACUGACAGAAAGACAAGAAAGAGACACAUGGAUCUCAAGAGCUAAGACAGCUCCUAGCAGGAAAAUUAAGAAAAAGGGAAACCAGGCUUGGCUUCAUCCGAAAAGACCAGGGAAAGUGGGAUCUUUGAGCACCUUAAAAGGGAAAUCUCAGGAUAUUUGGGAAAAAAGAUCUUGUAUGGGAACUACUCAAGAGCAAGAAUCACAACGUGAGGAGCAAAGUUACUGGGAAGUUGAUGCAACAAAAUGCUGUAAUGAGACUGAUUUGCUGGUAGAAUGGAGAAAAGGUGUGGAUAUUUUACAAAGACAUGGUGAAAACAGUGCUCAUUCUGAGAGACAUGCAUGGGUCACUCAAGAUUGUGCAUUUGCCUCUGAGAAGCAAAACUGUGGUAAAGAGAGAACUGCUUCAGGAAACUGCUUUCAAGAAGAUGAGAUGUUAUCAAAGAUGCUUGAAAAAUCCUCUCUUAAAAUAGAUCCCUCUGAGGUAAGAGUGGAUGCCCCGUGCAUUGAAAACCCUGCAAACAUUUCUACAGAUUGCCAAAGAGAGAUCUCAAGAGACAACAUACAGAAUCCAGCUGAAGAGAACCAAAAUGAAAAUUUGCAGGUUACCCAGAGAGACAUUUUAGACAAAUACCAAUCUGAUUGCCAGUUAGACAGCUCCAGGCAAUUUUUAACUGAAAACGAGAAUCAAGUGGGAAUACACGAGGAAACAUCUCUUUCCCAGGUAUUGUCAUUACCUAGAAGAGAAAGAACAUGGGCAGAUGGUCAGGAGACCUCAAAGGAACAGAUAUGUGCAGGAGAAGAAAGUCAGGCACCAUCUGAUGAACUAAUAUUGAUUUCGGAGAAAGAAAGACACCCUACUUGGUCUCAGAUUACUGAAACUCCUCAUAAAACAGGUAGGGGAAGAAGGAAAAAAAGGAACAAGAGGGGGAGAGGUCCUAUGAAGGCAGAAGUAAAGAAAGGUGCUCAUAAAACAGGACAAUCAAAAGUUGAUUUGAGGAAAGAGGGAACAGAACCUGUCUAUAAAUCCGAUGAUAGAGAAGAUAAAAAAAACAGCGAGGAGAGACUAGAUCAAAGGGAUCUGGAAGAAACUGGUCCACCAAUUAUAAACAAAACAGAUGAGCUACCCUGCCUAGAAUUAUGCACAGAACCAAAUAUCUUACAGAUUCCUUUGCCACCAGGGAACCUCACUGCUGAGUUUAAGUGCCUCUAUAAAGAUAUUAACUGGGAUGUACUAGAGCUGGGAGUCUUUUGCUUGACUGGGGGACAGGACAAAGAUAAGAGGGCUUUGGUAAUUACAUCUCCAGAGAAAUUAUCAUCUUCAUAUACCCAGAAAGACCUUGUCCAUGCACUCUUAUAUCAGUACUCUUUGCUCAGGCCAGACCUGCGAGAUUUGGGUAUGACUCUUAUCCUGGAUUUACGAGACAGCACAGGACCACCAGAUAAGCUCCUCCAAAUCCUACAGGAGAGCCAGAACUCUGCUCGUAGCUGUAUACACCAUGUCCUUGUCAUCUGUGCUACAGAGAGUACCGACCCGGUUCCCUGUGACAUACCCAACGCACAGGUGCUGGCGGUUUUGCCAGCUGAACUGUCACAAUUUGUCUCACUAAAGGAGUUGCCUGAAAAGUUUGGAGGAGAGAGAUCUUAUAUGCACAUUGAUAGUGUGAAGAUUCAGAGGUCUUUGAUCAAUCUCUACUCUUUGUGUUCGGAUGUCCUGCAAUCUUUGGAGAGCGUGACGCUAAGUCUGGAUGCUGACAGCUCGCAGGAUAUUCAGAGUUUAAUAUUUCAACACCGUGAUGCCAUGAAAAGAGCCCUAACUGAUGAAAGACUGCAGCAUCUGCAAAGGGACGGAGGAACUCUAGUUGCAAGGUUGCAGAAAUCUCCCUAUUUGAGGAUUUGUGAUCCAGUGAUAUUUGACCUGUAUGAGAGAGUGGAUGAAGCACUGCAUCAGUUGGUACAGCUGUCUAACAAGAGACUACAGGAACUGGAAGCCAGAAUAUCACCACAAGAUUACAGGGAGGAGUCUCUGGGGCUACGAUCAGCAGAAGAGAGUGAGUUUCAUGUAGCAGAACCACAAAGUCGAAGGACAGAAGUUGGUGUUAGAAUUCGGGGUUUAGAGGUCAGCAGUCGAGAGCUAGCUGACAGGACCUGCAGCCCGCCAAGGGGUCAUGUGCUUAGUAGAGGGGAUGGCAGAGGACCAGAUGCUCCAUGGGGUGGGAUUCCCAGGCCAGAAGGAAGAAGGUCGCCUCAGCGCUUACUGUUAGAUCUCUUGUGCUCUGAGCGAAGUUAUGUACAAUCAUUGCGUCGAUCUCUGGAGGUCAGAGGAUCAUGCCCUGCUGGUCUAGCGCUGAGAGGGAGCAUUGAGCAGCUUCUGAACUUCCACACUUGUUUCCUCCGGGACCUGCAGAACUGUGUAUCCCAGCCACUGACUGUCUCCUAUUGCUUCCUACAACAUGCAGAUCAGUUGCGGUUAUAUUCUCUGUAUGUAAAAAACAGACAAAAGGUAGAAUUGUUCCUUCCAUCUCCAAGCGGGAGCUUAAAGGGCAGACACAGGGAACAAAAGGAGGAGGAAGACUCGCGAGUAAUACUGCAGAGACCACUGGAGCAGCUGGACCAGUACCAGCGUUUCCUGGGAGACAUGAUGCAAGAGUGCGGCCAGGAGAAUGAGCAAGAACGCCAGUCCCUGCAUACAGCUCGGGAACUGGUUGUCUCCUUGGUGCCUUAUGGGAAAAACCUAUUGGCUGUUGAAGCAAUCCGUGGGUUUGAGGUGGAUGAGAAAGAACAUGGUCGCCUCCUACUCAAAGAUGUUUUCACCGUAAUAUCAGGGAGGAAAAAAUCUCUACGACAUGUAUUUCUCUUCCAAAAACUUUUGCUUUUAAGCAAGCUCAAGACAGCAGAGGGUGGUUUGGAGAACUAUGGCUACAAGCAAUCUUUUAAGACAGCUGACAUGGGUCUCACAGAAAGUGCUACAGAUGCAGACUUCCGACUGGAGCUCUGGUUUCGACGGCAGAAAUCCAGGGAGACAUUAAUAUUACAAUCGGAGACUAUAGGAGUAAAGGAGAACUGGACUAAUGAGAUAACCAAACUGCUUUGGGACCAGGGAGGCCUAAGCAAAGAGCAAAAAAGCCCAGAUACCUCCACGAUUGGUUCCAGUCACCGCUCUUUUCUUGACAUUAAAGCUGGCUUCAGUGCAAUAAGUGAAAGGACAGUCUGUGCCUUGCUGACAGCCAGAGGUUCUCGUACUCGAUCAUCAGUAGCUCUUUCUUCCUUGGAGCACAGCCCAUCCCCUUCAUCUCUUAGCCUUGCCCUAACCCCAGUGCAAAGCCCAAGGAGACUGCGUUCUCCUGGAGGGGUGUCUCUGGCUGACAAAAUCAGUGAAGAAGUUGGUGACACUUUUCUAGGUGGACCAGUAUGUCUGAAAUCAGUAUCGCCAAUUACUGAGGGAGGAAAGCCUAAGGGUUCAAAUGAAAACAUCUUUCCUUCCACCUCCGUCUAAGAAAAGCAAAGACGAAAGAUUCCUUAAGCUCUGACAAAUAUAAAUGUGCUGUUAUGGUGCUGAAACCACUAGAAGCACAUGUGGGAACCUUCCAAAUGACCUCAUGAGAUAAUGGUGCUAACACAAAGACCAACAAAAGUGAUACCAUAUAGUAAGCCAAUCAGUAGAAUAAUGUUAAAGCCAUUUAGCAUCACUCACAAUCAGGUGACUGAAUUGCAAUGAGUAAAAUAAUGAACUCAACAAUCUGCCAUUCCAUCGCUUUCCCACCAUUUGCUAAAAAUGAACAAAGAAGUGAUCGGAAGAUGCAACUGAAACAUUGGGUUUAUCUCUUAUGAAUGAGGCCUUGGAGAGUACUUACAAACUGAAAAACAUCUUCUGCCAGUAAGAGAAGAUACCAUUGUACUGUAUGCAGGCCUGGACUGGAAGUCAAAAUAGGCCCUGUCAUUCCAAGUACACAGAGGCCCAAACAAGCCUCCUACCAGCCCAAACAGUCCCCUACCAGCCCGCUAUAUGGUAACUUUCUAUGGAGCCAUACAGCAGCCCCUCUGGCAUUUGCCAGAACCCACAGAUUGCCAGUCCGGGCCUGACUGUAUGACACGAUGGGAAAGACUGUAAUCAUUUUCUAUUUUUUACUGCUAUGAGAAUCUCUGUGAGAUCAAGUAAGUGAGUUACAAGCCAUCUGCAUAUUAGUAUGCCAGUAUUAACAAAUAUAUGAAUGCAUGUGCCCAGCCGCUGACACUGAGAAGUACAUACUGAAUCAGUGUUUUGGAGUGGCUCAUCCAUUUAUUAUAUAUGCUGGUGUAAGGAGCCUUACAUUACUCCUGAUAACAUUUCUGCACCUGGCAGUAUGUAACAGCACAAGGAACAGUUUAAACAGUGGAAAGUUAACUAUAUCCUGGAAUGCAGCUACCAUAAAUAUAUGUAACCUCUUUUAUAAUAUUUUUUUGCUAAGUAAUUGCAGUUAAUCUUUUUGGCAAUAUAAAUAAUGAGCCAUUAGUGAUCUUACCAGUAGCAAAUAUACCUUGGGUACUUACAUGCUGGAAAUAGCCUUGAA